UGCAUUAACAGAGAUUAGAACGUGCGCGCGCACAGGUGUUUAUUCUCUCUUUGCUCAUCUAAUAACUUUCUCCUCUCUCCUCUCUCACUCCUCCCAUUCCUCCUCAUCUCUAUAUCUUCCUCCUCCUCCUCUUCCUCCACGGAACACCCACGCGCUUCUCUCCAUUCCCCUCCAGUCUCGCGUCGCGCGAUGACGCUGACCUUUGCACGCGUCGCGAGAUUAUUCAUUAUAAAUGGACAUCUGAGAUUAGAUGGAGCAUCUAUCAGCUGAGAUUCCCCUCCUCCGCUCAGUCUCUCGCUUCGUCUCGCUCGUCUCCGUCGGUUUCCACAGCGAUGGGAAAUUGAAUAAAGUUGGCCGAGGGCAUCUGGAGCCGCGAAGGAUGUAAAUCUGAGGGCAACGGGGAUCGGGUUUCACGCAAACGACGCCGCCGUAAACGCGCAGCCAUGCAGGAGAUCCUUGCGCUGACUUGAGGAAACCUCCGACGCGUUCAUUUAGUAAACGAUUCACGCCGAGACGUUUGCGGAAUGGAAUCGAAGUGAGUUCGGAGGCGAUCCGAAUCAUGGACGUGUUCAGCUUCGUCAGGAUGCCCAAACUAGCAGGUCAGAGGAUCAAGUCCUCCUGCUGUCCGCCGCAGGCCUCUGGGAGUUGGCCGUCCGCACAGGGACCCUCCAAUGGCUGGGAGAUGUCGUCCUCUAGAGAGACCCGUGACUGCUACAUCAAUCACCUCUCGCAGUCAAGUUCUUUGGAGGAAGUGCGUGUUGAUGUGGAUAAGUUCGUCCCUCCUGCACCGCGAAAGGUGGAAAUGAGACGCGACCCGGUGCUCGGCUUCGGCUUCGUGGCAGGCAGCGAGAAACCAGUGGUGGUUCGAUCGGUUACUCCAGGAGGGCCUUCAGAAGGGAAGCUGAUCCCAGGAGAUGAAAUAGUGAUGAUAAAUGAAGAGGCUGUGAGUUCGGCUCCACGGGAACGAGUCAUUGACCUGGUCAGAUGUUGUAAGGAGUCUAUCAUCCUGACCGUGGUGCAGCCGUACCCUUCGCCCAAAUCUGCCUUCAUCAGUGCAGCUAAAAAGGCCAAGUUGAAAUCCAAUCCGGUCAAAGUGCGCUUUGCUGAAGAAGUCAUUAUUAACGGACAAGUACCUGAGACUGUGAAGGAUAAUUCUCUGCUCUUCAUGCCAAACGUCUUGAAGGUGUAUCUGGAAAACGGACAAACAAAGUCCUUUAAGUUUGACUGCAACACCUCCAUUAAGGAUGUUAUUCUGACCCUGCAAGAGAAGCUGUCUAUUAAAAGCAUUGAGCACUUCUCUCUGAUGCUGGAGCACAAGAUGGAAGGAUCUGCAACAAAGCUAAUGCUUCUGCACGAGCAGGAGAUGCUAACGCAGGUGACCCAAAGGCCGGGCUCACAUAAGAUGAAGUGCUUUUUCCGCAUCAGCUUCCUUCCAAAAGAUCCGGUGGAUCUUCUCAGGAGAGACGCUGUGGCGUUCGAUUACCUCUACGUUCAGAGCUGUAAGGAUGUGGUGCAGGAGCGUUUCGGCUCUGAGCUCAAAUACGACACGGCGCUUCGCCUGGCUGCUCUUCAGAUGUACAUCCUGACGCUCAGCACCAAACAAACGCAGAAAGUCUCCCUGAAAUACAUUGAAAAAGAGUGGGGUCUGGCGCAGUUUCUGCCUUCGGCGGUUCUGUCCAGCAUGAAAGAGAAGAACAUCAAGAAAGCGCUCACACACAUCCUGAAAACCAACCAGAACCUGGUGCCUCCAGGCAAAAAGCUGACGGCGUUGCAGGCGAAAGUCCACUACCUGAAAUAUCUGAGUGAUCUCAGGCUGUACGGAGGACAAGUGUUCAAGUCCACGCUGGUCCAAGGAGAGAAACACACGGAGGUGACUCUGCUGGUGGGGCCGCGCUACGGCAUCAGUCACGUCAUCAACACCAAAACCAACCUGGUGGCGCUGCUGGCCGACUUCAGCCACGUCAACCGCAUCGAAAUGUACACGGAGGAUGAAAGGAACGUGCGAGUGGAGCUUCAUGUCCUGGAUGUUAAGCCCAUCACACUUAUAAUGGAAUCCAGUGACGCUAUGAACCUGGCCUGUUUGACUGCUGGUUAUUACAGGCUGCUGGUCGAUUCACGGAGGUCCAUCUUCAACAUGGCGAACAACAGUAACACUGCAGGACAAGACUCAAGGGUCAAGCACAACUACCAAGCAAUCGACUGGAAUUACGGUUCCUGCAGUGCAUGUGACGAGCCCCACCCCGAAUACGCCAUCUGUGGGCGAAGAGAGUUUGAUAUUUCCCCCACUGUCUCUGAAAUGCACCAGUUGCAGCAUCGCAUGCAUGGGGACGAGAAAGCUGAGCGGGCGAGCAGAGCAAGCCACAUGCAUCCUCAGCCCUACUUCAGUGUCCCAAAAGGCAAACCUCAAGAGUCGCCCAGAAGCGCCAAGGUGUCCUUUAUAUUCGGUGAUCCUCCGCUGGACUCUGUGAACCCUCAGAACUUGGGAUACCAAAGACUGAUGGAGGACAUCCCAGAAGUGCUGGAGGAGCACCGGUACAUGUAUGCGCAACAGAAGGACUACAAGCCACUGGAAGCGUCACUGGAGGUCGAUGGCUUCCAGUACGGUUCCCACAUGGUCUACGGCGAUGCUAAGAUCUUCGGUACGACGGAAGGCAUCGAGGAGCCUUUGCUGCGCGAUAUCUGCUACGCCGAGACUACGGAUGACGCCGAGGACGACGACGACAUUAGUUGCGAGGAGGACAUGAUGAUGAUGAUGGGGGAGAUGAAGGACAAGGCGAACUCUCUCCUGUCACUCUCGGAAUCUAGCGACGACAUUAUUGACCUCACUUCGCUUCCGCCGCCACCAGAGGGUGACGACGAGGAGGACAGCGAUGACCUGUUGCAGUCUCUAAACUUGGCGAUCGCCGCUCCACCACCAGGGUUCAGGGAUAGCUCGGAUGAAGAUGACCACCAAGAGCGAAAAGGCUUAAAAAACGACAUCCCUGUGUCGCUGAUCGAUUCGGUUCCGACGCAAGUGGCCGGUGGGACCGAGGAAGUGUUCAAUGACGCUGUUGUCUCCACAUUACAAGCUCUGGAGGCCUUGGCGGCCUCCGAGGAACAGUCUCAUCCACAAUCGGACAAUAGUUCAGGUGUAGAAAUAUCUCGGUCCUUUAGCCCCGAGUCCUCUUCUGAUUCUGGGAAUGAGACAAAUUCAUCCGAAAUGACGGAGAGUUCAGAGCUGGCCGCAGCUCAGAAACUCUCCGAAAACUCUCUGAAAAUGUUAGUAGCCACAGCCGAAGGGUACCAAACUCUAGCAGAAGAGGAGACUGAGUUUCGACUGGUGCCGUGUGAGGUCCGGGCGUCUCUAGACGACUCCCAGUCUGCCGCGGUUGCCACUCUCCGUUCGGACCACUUCGAGAUGGAGCCAGAAACAAUGGAAACCAAGUCGUUGACGGACUACUUCAACAAAAUGCACAGGGACGUGAUGAUGGGAAUGCCGCAGGGGAAGAUCGAGGAGCAAGAUGGUGGGAUGAAAUUGAGCGCCCAAGCAGAAGCCCGUCAGAUGAACAUCACAGAAUCAGAGGAUCUUGUUGGGAUGUACAACAAUUUCAAUGGACGAGAUUCCCAGCGUUCAGGUCCCUUUGACUUGGAAAGGAUGUCUUAUGCGUUUCAAGAAAGCAAUCAAAGAUUGCAUAUGAUUCUGAAUAAUAAAUCUGAAGAGCACAUUUACUCUGAGGUAGUUGGUGACGGCGGUCCGUCGCAUGCAGACAGGGUAACCCAAAAAGUUAGUUUGAAGGACUCGAUAGACUUGAACACAAGUUCCCCCGCCAAAGAACAAUUUAUGAUUGAACGAGCCCGGAAUGAACAUCAACAGAGCAAGGCAGCUUCAUCCGAACAAGAAGUGACACGGUUAUACGAGUACCACUUGUCCAAAAGGAUGUCGUCUUUACAGAGCGAGGGAAUUCAUUCCCUCCAGAGUUCCCAGUGUUCGUCCAUCGAUGCCGGCUGCAGUACGGGAAGCAGUAGCUCCGUGACGCCAAUGGACUCUCCUCUGUGCACGGUGGAUAGCGUCCAUCUGCAUGGAGAGUCCUCUCUGAAAGGUCUCGGAUAUCCAAAUCAGAACGUAGAUGGAACGUUUUUGCGGAAGCACCACGGACAGGCUGGCCAAGAGUCAGGCCGAGAGGGAUGCCAAAGGUUGCCCAAGAUCAGAGAAACUACAGUGUAGCAUGCUGCAGAUGGAGAUAAAACGGAAGAAUCAUCGUCUUCUCUCACAAUAUGUCCAUAUUCAUCCAUAGCACAGUUUCCUAUGUGCCAAACCAGAGGUGAUCGGAGGUCUUGAAUGCUUCCCUGUUUAUUCUUGCACUUGGCCUCAAAUGACCCCCGCUCUGGUUGCCUCAGGGAGGCAGAAAAGGAAUCUUAAUAAGACAACUAUUGGCUCAGGGAGCAUUGACACUUUUUAUGGAAACUGGUCGUAAUCACCCAAUCAACCCUUGAAAGAGCCGAUUACAACACUGUCAUUCCCAAAGUCAACAUGAAACCCAAAACCCAUUUGGCUUCCAUUAAUGUGAUGUAUCCGCCAGAACUGGAUUUGAAAAGUUGUGCCAGAAUGGUUGGAGGGAAGGAGUUGGAAUGAGGAAGAAAGUAAAUGGGAUAACAUUUAGAUUUCUUGUUGACUUUAAUCUUCUGAAAUGGAAGCGAAUGACAGAUGGUUUGACGUUACAGAAGUCAGCACAGAAAACAAGUUUAAGACAACAAGCAUUGGAACAAGGCAAGUCCAUCUCCUGAUUCCUUUGGACGACACACAAUCCAGGCAUAAGAACUGUGCAUUGCUCUGAGAAAUUCUUGCACUGGUCACUUAAUAUGUCUCGUUUAGCCACAUUCUCUAAGACUGCAUGUGCGGGUUAUGCCCUGAGGAUUUUUUGUUAAGCAGCAAAAGGACAUUUCGAAACGCUAGUUGGAGCGAUUCGGGAAGUCACUUUAUUUACUUUGCGUGGAAGCUUUGGAAAGAUAUUUUUUGAUGACCAAAGCAAAACUUAAUUAGCAUUCGGUACGCUGUUAUUUGGUUGCAGCAAUGGCCAUAUGUCGAAAAUCACUGCUUUUAUUUAGCCAUAGUAAAGCCAUAUGAUAUCACGCAUACUGUACGUUUGUCAUGAAGAUCGAGAUAAUCCGGCCAUUGCGAUCCACUGUGAUAACAGUGCUUGUGUAUAUUUUGUGUAAUAUGUAAAAUGAAAAGGAAGUAUUCUACAAUACAUAGAAUUUUUAAAAGACAAUAUAUAUAUAUAUAUAUAUAUAUAUAUCAAUCACAGCACCUGAUAGACGCAUCCGUUUUGUUCCAUGUGUUUAUUUUAGUCUUCAUACCAGAAGAGCUUCACAUUCAAAAAUAAGAUCAAUUUAAGCCACUAUAUGAUCUGUAAACUGUAAUUCUGUUCUCAACUUGCACCGUUUCAUUUGCUGUUCUUAUUUGACUGGCUAAUGCAUACAUUUACUUAAACAAUUUAAAGUCAACAUGAAGCGUCGUUCUCAAUCGAUUUUAACUACUGUCAUCUGAUGUAUUUCCCAGUGUAAUGUCUUCAAGAAAAGUGUAGGACAGAAUUUUAUCCAUGAUUUGCUGGAGAGAGUGUUUGAUAAAUCAUUUUUGAGGUGAAGUUACCACGCUUUGCUGAAAUAUUAUUACUUUUUUUUUUUUUUUUUAUUAUUAUUUAUUUAGAAUAACCUGCACUUAAGAAUUGUUCACAGUAAGACCAGGAAAGUAAUUUAAGAAAGUAAAUAGGUCCAUUUUGAUUUCAUGUUGACUUUAAAUAAUAAUCGUAAUGUAUUUUAUUUGAAUCAUCUUCAUUAAAUAUUUCAGCUUGAAAACUGUGAUCUCGUCU